UAACUAAACUUAGUUUCCAUUUUUUACAGGUUAAACUAGGGUCUGCGCCUUUAACUUUUGCACAAUAUUCAGUUGAGUAUUCAAAAGCGGUUUGACCACAAGCGUACGGGUAGCGACAGUACUACAACUGCUCCUGAAAAAAAUGUUGUUACUCGGAUUCGGGCAUUUUCGUUUAACUGAGUAAAAACCCCGUCUUCCUUCCUGCAAAAAAAGCGAGCCCGUAUGCCUACAUGUGGGUUUGACGUUUAUCGAUCGCAACCAUGUUUUGAAAUAAUAGAACAGACCGAAACAGAAAGUAGAAAUUUCUACGAAGAAUAUAUUCGUAGGGUGGUACCGUGAUACUCUGAAAGCUAACGUAAUGGGGCGUAAUACAUUGAGAAAUGGGUGGGAAAACAUGCAGACGACCACGAUAUAUCCAUGUACUUAUUACUUUGGACCUGAAAUGAAAACAUACUUUAAAAUAGACUACAUCAUUCACCGUUGCCAUUGUUACCACAAAAUAAAUAUAUUAAGUAGUUUAAGCUACUUACAGCCCUGUUAUUAUUAUUAUUGUUGUUACUCUCGUACAAAGGCGUACGGGCUCCCAUUUUGGGAGGAGAGCAGGCUGGCUUUCGCCCGAAUUAAACAAAAGUGCCAGAAUCUGGAUAACAACAUUUAUUCAUAUUAGCAUUACUACCAACAAAUUAUAUAGGGUUGCAAACGAAUCACUGCGCAUUUUUAAAUGGACUACAACUAUUUUUGAAGGUAGAAUGAUGGAAAUAUACGGUAAAAAGAUCUCAGGUCAGCACAAAACUAAUCAAAAUUAGCUCCACUAGAGCUAAUUUUAAUCAGGUUGGGUUAGCACAUUUUGACCGAAUAUCUGUAUAAUUUUUGCCCGAAUUUGAGGUUUUACUGCAGCCCUAGGGGACAGUUGCACCCCAUCCCUUCCCCUGCCUCGUAGGCUUAUGCUAUCGCAUGACGAAUAAAGCGUUUGAUACAUUCAUUCUGUAACCUGUAUACUGCAAACAUGUUUUUGUAAUAAUCAUUUGAUUAUUAUGUUUGUGUAUUAAACAGGGUACCUCUCAAGCAAAUCAACAAGUGACAAGCUUCUUAAACCGGCAAGGCACCAUGGACGAUUACGACUUCAUCCUGCUAGAAGAAGCUAGGAAGCACAGAGAUGCGUGCUCCAGUUCUUCGCUACAGUUUAACGAAGGACAGCCAACUUCAUCAAUAUUUUCCAGUGGAAUGUCCGUGGAAAAUCCAAACAGAAGUGACACCAACGAGAUGCAGAUUCGCGAACAGCUCUUUGACCUGGUCUCUCAGGGAUCGUUAGACCAUCUGAAAACGAAAAUAAACAGUCUUCCCGAUCAGACAUCUUUAGACAUCCAACAACAAACCAAAAUCUACUUCAAUUUGCGCUCGAGAUCAAGAACAGGAACAUAGCCUAAAUGCUUACUGAGUACAGCAACGUUUUCCUGGAUCAAGAUUAUAACACAUCCAUAGAUACCACGGAAGGCAAACGGAAUUGCUUCCAUCAGAUUAUCGAGGCUAACGAUUUAGAAAUGAUGAAUCAGUUGAUUGAGAAGAUUUCAAGUAAAAAUCUUCUAAUGAAGUGCUUGCUUCAGGAGACACCCGUAGAAGUCCCUGGUCAAAGACCAAGAAGACUGCCGUGUGUACACUUGGCCGCCUUUUAUGGAUACACUGAAAUGACUGAACUGUUACUGAAAUGUGGAGUGAAGGUGAAUCACACCAACGCAACGAAAGACACUGCAUUGCUGUGGGCUGCACACCAAGGACACGAAGACACAGUUGUUAUGUUCCUUAACCAUGAAGCUGAUGCAAAUUUGAAAAAUGAUGAAUGGUUGACUCCUUUAUACGUGGCAGUGAGGUGUGAAUAUACCAGAAUUGUGGCGCUUUUAACAGAGACAGGAAAUGCAGACGUCAAUAAAACAAGAAACGUGGGAUUGGUGGCUAUCUCCAUAGCGUCUGCUUUAGGUCUCAUUGAUAUUGUUAAGCUUCUACUUAAACAGAAAGCUGAUCCAAAUGUAUGCGGUAGAGAUGGGAAAAGGCCCAUCCAUUAUGCAGCAUCUGAGGGUUAUAAUGAUACUGUACAGACUCUACUUUCAAAAGGUGCAAACAUUGAUGAGAGAUCAAUACGGAGACACAGCUUUGAUAAUGGCAUCCAAAUCUGAACAUAUUUACGUUCUUCAAACACUGAUACAAAACGGCGCCAAUAUAAACCACAAAAACAACGAUACGCAACGAGAAGGACGAAAUGUUAAGAGUUUUAAUAAAUACGCUCUUACAGACUAAUCUUAGACAAAGUCCAGCAUGUGAUUUGCUUUGGUGAAAUACGGUCUCCGCUUUUUGAAGCAUCAGCCGAAGGAGCAUGCAGCAAGAUUAAACUCCUUUUGCAAAUGAACGUGAAUCCAGCCACCAGAGAUGAACAGGGAAACACGUUUCUGCAUUAUGCUGCCAUGUACAAUAGGGACAAGGUCGUUAAAAUGUUCUGCAACAAAAUAGGACCAGAAGAAAAGAACAAGAGUGGAGACACACCAUUACAUAUAAGCACGUCUAAGGGUCACCAUGAAACGGUUCUUGCCUUCUUUGAAGAGAAUGCAAAGUUUAACAUUAAAAACAGCCAUGAAGUAAACGUUCUGCAUGUAGCAGCUUGUUCCAAAGACAUCAAAUCGGAGACCGUUGUGAAACUGUUUCAGCAUGCAAGAGAGACAGACGAUAGUGAAAGCGUAAAUGCAGAAGACAACGAACAAAAUAAUCCAUUACAUCUGGCUGUGAAAUUUGCGAAGACAGAUGUUAUAUGGGAGUUUCGACAUGUCAGUUUGAAAGGAAAAAACUGCAAGGGUAACACACCACUGCACCUUGCUGUUAGGCCUGGAGAACCGGAGGUUCUGGAUAUGAUGCUGAAUAUAUACAAAAACAUAUCUCCAGAUGCUGUGAUCAAUACCCAAAAUACUGAGAGAAAAAAAGGUGUUCUUCACUUAGCAGCUCUCGAGGGAUGUACUCAAGGAAUAAGACGUCUGCUCUUGUGUGGGGCAGACCUAGCAUUGCAAGACAAUGAGGGUAAUACAGUUUUGCACACAUUAACAAAAGCUUCAGUUAAUGACCAUGAUAGAGCUAAUCAGCAUAUUGAGACAUUUGACUUUAUCACUGAAGAAGCUGUCAGAUGGUGGUGUAAACGAGAAAAGAAAGAGUUUCCAAACAACGAAGGACUACAUACAGAGUACAAAAGAAAAGCAGUUCUCCGUUUUAUAAGAGAUUACACUAACAAAGCUGGAUUCAGUGUUUUGGGUGUCGACUUCGUAACAGGAUCAGCAGAGAUUGUCAAGAAAUUGCUGCAUAUGAAGAAUGUCAUGUGCUUUGACAAGGACCAAACGUGCGACCUUGAUAUCACCACACUGACACCACUCACAAACGGGUAUAAUGCCAGAUUAUGCGGAUUCAAUCAAAUUAAGCCACAGAUAUCCUGCAUGGAAGGUCUUUUUCAUUUGGGAUCCCCUGACACUUUGGAACGCACUCUAGAGAUUCCCCCAGUAAGGCAAAUUGAACAGGGGUACAGUAUAUUUGUAAGUUGGACAUAUAGGAUACUUUUAAUGCUUCAUUUGAUGUACAUGUUUGUCGUCAGUGGUUUCUCCUUUUAUCUUUCAGAAAGACGGCGUACCUCACCUUCAGAUCCUCCACUUGACUUGCCAACAUACAUUAUUUGUUUUAUUUUGGCAAGUGAACCAAUGCUAAUACAUUUUAAUACAGUAUAUAAAUCUUUAAUCUAUUUGUGUGAAAUUCUGCAACACAAGAGCGCGCUCGCCAAGUUUUUUCAAUGGAAAACAUUCAGAAGUAGCCUCAGGUUCUUGUUCAGUUCUAUUUACGCAAAUAUCUUGCUACUUUGGAUGUUAGUGUAUAUGUUUGUUUCAUGCCCUCAUGAAUAUAUUCUGACACCAGCUCUGGUAUUGGGCUGGCUCUUAACAAUCACUUUCACACGUGGAAUUAAAGGUAUUCAUUGUUUCUGGAGGACCUUCCGUGACCUGAUAUUCCAAGAUGUGUGUCAGUUUUUCAUUAUUUAUUUCAUUGUGCUGUUGGCAUUUUCAAUCGGUGUGCAUAAUUUGUUUCAAGUGGAACCAGACAUCGCCAAGCAGUAUCCAUCUCUGUUGGAUACAAUGUAUCUCUUCUUUAACCUAAUGGUAGGUAUGAGGGAAUUGAAUAUAGAGUCUGCUGGCAAAAUAACACUAUAUAUUAAAAUAUUCUAUAUCAUUUAUAUUUUCAUUGGGAUGAUAGUCCUGAUCAACUUUUUUAUCUCCAUGAUGAAUGAUUCAUACUCGAAAAUCUUUCAUAGACAAGAGUACGCUUGGAGAGUUGAAUCUUUAGAACUCGGACUGGAGAUCGAGAAAUUCUACCCACAGUACAGACAGCUGUGCUGUAAAAGGUUGAGAAGAAUACAGAAAGAAGAAGACUCUUGGAUUAUUAAAAUUUCACAGAAAGACAUGAAAACAGAUCAGAUGACAUUUGAGGGAAUCAAAAAUACCAAUUCAUAAGAGUUACAUUUGCAAACAAUUCAAAACAAAACUGACAGUAUCGUUAUUUCAAUUCAAUUGAUGAAUUCUAGGAUUAAAAUCUUGGACAAUCAUAUCAAGAAAAUAUAUGAUAUUCUUUCUCAACAAAGGCGACCCAAAAAACACAAAAACCACACACACACACACGAAAAACCCACAUCAUACGGGGAGGGGGUAAUAAUAAAAUGAACAAAAUAACAAUAACGACUGAUAGUUUGUAAUAGUUGACUGUGGUCAGGUUGUGGUUUUUUACGUUACUGUAAAGGUUUGGAAUGAAUUAAUGAAUGUUUAACGACAUCCUAGCAAAAAAACGCACAAAAAAUACAUGGCUAUUAGACGACAUUCGAGGGCAUCUGAAAUAGAUACAUUUGCAAACAACUGAAAAAACAAAAUUGACAGUGUCGUUACUUAAUUCAACUGAUGAAUUCUAGGAUUGAAUUCUUGGACAAUCAUAUGAAGAAAAUAUAUAAUAUUAUUUCUCAACAAAGGUGACAAAAAAAACAACAACAAACAAACAAACAAACCACACACAAAAAACCCACAGCAUAUGGGGAGGGGGUAAUAAUAUAAUAAAUAAAAUAAUAUUAAAGACUGAUAGCAUGUAAUAGUUGAUUGUGGUCAGGUUGUACUUUUUCACAUUACUGUAAAGGUUUGGAAUGAAUUAACGAAUAUUUAACAUCCCAGCAAAAAAGAAUACAUGGCUAUUGGGUGUCAAACUAAGGUAAAUGCAUAAAUUGUAAAGGUUUGGUGUAAAUCUAAAGAACAAAGCCGUAAAAACAUUUAAGAAUCACAUCUCUGCAAAAGAUUGUAGUUGAAAGGAUCUGUUGACAAUAGGUGUUCCUGUCAGGAGUCUCAUCGUUAUGAGGACUGCCACAACCCUGGUGAUAUAUCCUUCCUACUUUGCCUGUAUGAAGACUGCCACAACCCAGGCAAUAUAUCCUUCAUACUCUGCCUGCAUGAGGACUGCCACUUUCCAGGCAAUAUAUCCUUUCUACUUUACCUGUAGGUUGACUGGCACUUCCCAGAAAUAUAUCCUUCCUACUUUGCCUAUAGGACUGCCAUUUCUUGGGCAAUAUAACCUUCCUACUUUGCCUGUAGAACUCCCCCUUUCCAGGCCAUAUAUCCUUCCUACUUCCCUGUAGGACUGCCAUUUCCCAGGCAAUGUAUCCUUCUUACUUUACUUGUAGGACUGCCACUUCCCAGGCAAUGUAUCCUACAUACUCCACCUGUAGGACUGCCACUUCCCAGGCAAUGUAUCCUUCGUACUACGCCUCUAGGACUGUCACUUCCCAGGCAUUGUAUCCUUCGUACUACGCCUCUAGGACUGUCACUUCCCAGGCAAUGUAUCCAUCAUACUCCGCCUGUAGGACUGCCACUUCACAGGUAAUAUAUCCUUCAUACUCUGUCUGUAGGACUGCAACUUCCCAGGCAAUAUAUCCUGCGUACUAUGCCUGUAGAACUGCCACUUCCCAGGCAAUAUAUCCUUCAUACUCUGCCUGUAGGACUGCCACUUCCCAGGUAAUGUAUCCUUCAUACUAUGCUUGUAGAACUGCCACUUCGCAGGUAAUAUAUCCUUCAUACUCUGUAGGACUGCCACUUCCCAGGCAAUGCAUCCUUCGUACUCUGCCUGUAGGACUGCCACCUCCCAGGCAAUGUAUCCUUCGUACUCUGCCUGUAGGACUGCCACUUCCCAGGCAAUAUAUCCUUCGUACUCUGCCUGUAGGACUGCCACUUCUCAGGCAAUGUAUCCUUCGUACUCCUCCUGUAGGACUGCCACUUCCCAGGCAAUGUAUCCUCCAUACUCCGCCUGUAGGACUGCCACUUCCCAAGCAAUAUUGUAAGGAUUUGGUAAUGUGUGACAUUACCAGUAGUGUAUUUUUAUAAAUAAUAUCUGCAUUAUUGUUCACGUUUGUAUUUGUUUACAUUCUUGUUUUCACUUAUUUUAAUGGCAAGUUGAAUUACUCACAAUUCAUACAACAUAUCAUUAGAUUUGUUUAGAAUUAAUGGAGGUAUUUAUUACCGUAUAACAGAUGUUAUCAGUUUCCAAGUGGAAAUAAGAUCGAAGAUUAUACGAAAAUGGCGUCAGAACCUCGUUCUGAAAUAUUUCCUGUCAUAAACAGCUGAUUUGCAGACGAAAUUGACCUUGCAAAGGUAGUGCUGUUUUUAGGUGAUUAUGUAUUUAUGUGUUUUUAAUACGAAAAAUAUCUUAUAACAGUUAUAAAAUAUGUAAAAUUAAGUAUAGUUAGCUAAAAUAAUAUAUUUAUUAUUUUAAAGAGUUAAUUUUAGCGUUAUUGGCAAUUUAUCCAAUAUGUGGCAGAAUAAUUCUGCCGUUCCAACCAUUGACAGGAUCGGCGGAAUUGUACAGUGUAAAUUCCGUAAGUGGCUGGAAAUCCAGCAAUAGCAGAAUUACGCCAAACGUAAAAUAUGGCAGGGCUAUAAAUAGCAAUCCAGUCAAUGUUUGUCAGUCUGGUCAGUCGCGUCAUAUAGUGUGGUGAUAAUCACGUCAUAGUAUAGUCAGUUGUCAGCAUUUCGUCCCAUUAGGUGAGUUGGUGUUUUAGGUGUUUUAAUAUAAUAAAUGAGCUAUAAGGACCAGACUCGUGUUUAGGCCAUGAAACGAAACGUGUUAAGGAAUAGAAAUAGGUUUUGACUAUGCAUUAAUUAAGUUAGGUAAUAGAGUAAGCAAUACCCAACACAUAAAGGUGUAGGUCCCGCGUAUUGUGGAUGUUUAGGUGACAAGUUAAUUAUAAGUGUAUAAAGAAUAUAGAGUACACAUAGUAUAAGGCUUGUGCAAGUUCGCUGAUUAGGCAAACAGUUGGAUAUUGUUCGUAUUGUUUUUACCUGUGAAGUAAGUGCGAGUGUACUAGUAUUUGACCUAAACAAUUUAGGAUAUUGUUUACAGAUUACAGUAUUUUUCUAGUGAAGCAUUGGAGGAUUUUUUAGUACAAAAUCCAUUAUCAGUAAAACAAAAUAGACUCAGUCUGUUGAGUCCGCUGAUUAAUUAGUGAAAGUAUUGGUACAUGAUUGAACUCAGUCUUUUAAGGUUUUCACCUGACUUGUUAAAUACAUUGAGCAGAAUAUAUUGUUAGUUAUUUAGCCCUGGAAUAAGUUAGUGUUAGUAUAUAGCUAUUAUUGAUUGUUUAAUUACUAAAAGAGACAUAUACGUAUAUUUUCAGCGACUUGUUAACCUGUUAAAAUCUAUUAGUUAUUAAUAAACAUUGAUGAAGUUGAA